AUGCUGCCAGGGGCCCUCAACAUGCUGCCAGGGGCCCUCAACAUGCUGCCAGGGGCCCUCAACAUACUGCCAGGGACCCUCAACAUGCUGCCAGGGGACCCUCAGCAUGCUGCCAAGGGCCCUCAGCAUGCUGCCAGGGACCCUCAGCAUGCUGCCAAUGGCCCUCAGCAUGCUUCCAGGGCCCUCAACAUGCCGCCAGGGCCCUCAACAUGCUGCCAGGGGCCCUCAGCAUGCUGCCAGGGGGCCCUCAACAUGCUGCCAAGGGCCCUCAACAUGCUGCCAGGGCCCCUCAACAUGCUGCCAGGGACCCUCAGCAUGCUGCCAGGGGCCCUCAACAUGCUGCCAGGGGGCCCUCAACAUGCUGCCAGUGCCCCUCAACAUACUGCCACGGACCCUCAUCAUGCUGCCAGGGACCCUCAACAUGCUGCCAGGGGCCCUCAACAUGCUGCCAGGGGCCCUCAACAUGCUGCCAGGCCCCCUGAACAUGCUGCCAGGGCCCUCAACAUACUGCCAGGGACCCUCAACAUGCUGCCAAGGGCCCUCAACAUGCUGCCAGGGGGCCCUCAACAUGCUGCCAGGGACCCUCAACAUGCUGCCAGGGGGCCCUCAACAUACUGCCAGGGGGCCCUCAACAUGCUACCAGGGACCCUCAGCAUACUGCCAGGGGCCCUCAACAUGCUGCCAGGGGGCCCUCAACAUGCUGCCAAGGGCCCUCAACAUGCUACCAGGGACCCUCAGCAUACUGCCAGGGGCCCUCAACAGGUGUCUUAA